CCCAGAUUUCUUCGCUCUAAUUAAUUCCGCAUAAAACAUUGCAUUCUCCGCUCCGCCGUUUGGUUCUCUCUUCUCUCCCUCUUUCUUCACGCAUAUGAGACAAGGACGACAGAGUUCGGCACAGAGGAGAAUAUUCCAUGGCGAGUCCGGAUCUUCCGCCGCCGCUGCACUUGGAUGCGUCUCGGCCGUCACUCGGCUUCCCUCUCGGAACCGCACUUCUCUUGAUCAUCAUCUUCAGCUUGAGCGGUAUCUUCUCUUGCUGCUACCACUGGGACAAACUCAGGUCUCUCCGUCAGUCUUUCUCUGAAGACGUUGCCGAUCUCGAUGGAGAUAUUGAGGCGUCGCCGGUGUCGAAUUCUAACUCAUCAUUAUCGGAAUCCAAGAAAAUUCAAGGCCAUAGCUUGCCGGUACUGAUGCCAGGGGAUCAGAUCCCGAAGUUCAUAGCAUUGCCAUGUCCGUGUGAGUCGCAACGGCCGGAAAAGGUCGUUGUAAAGGUGCAGAAUCCGCCGCCUAAGCCACCGCGCUUUCCGGUACCUCUAUAUUAGCAAAUUAAAUAAUAAUAAUACUAAUAAAUAGAUUUACAGUCCCAGAACAAUUUGUAAAGUUUGGUUAUUUCACAUGAUAUUUUCGUGUUAGUACAUUUAGUAAUAAUAAGUUACAUAGUAAAUAAUAAUUUUUGAUAAUUUAUUAAUUAAAAAGUUAAAUAUAAGAUAUUUAAUGUAUAAAAUCUUUAUUAAUUGAGAUACCUUAAGGCUGCGAGUCUUCCCUUUGACGUAAUAAAAGUGCAAGGGCAAAAGCUAAACAUGAUGCCCCGAUUCGCACUCAUUUUAGCCACUUUUUGAUGCCACGCCCCAGUGCACAAGAAAUCAUGACGACCUAAUUUCACUGUUUCUGAUCAGAUAGAGACAUUCCUCAAUUGACUCUUAUCUGCAAUUGAUUCCUAGCUUCCCCGAUACUGCAUUUGUACUCCUUGCGUUGUGAUGCCUUUUUGUUGGUUCCGGUACUUAUGAUGCGCCUUCCUUUCCUUUUGUUCUAAUCUUUCAUCAAAACUGUGUCCCAAGUUGAUAACGGUUUUGCAAAAUAUUUUGUGUCACCUUCAAUCGCAACUUGGCCUUAUGGUACGAGGCUUUAAUUUCAAACAUAAAACAUUAAUAUUUUA